CAUCGGGCGUCGCUUAGAACUGCUAACGCGAUGAAUCCGAGCGAAGCCUUCAUCUCGAGCGUCUUCGACGUCACGAGCGCCGACUUCACGGUCGAGUGGAGCCACGAGGAGCAGUCCAUGCUCAACAACCUCUUUCCUGGUGGUCAGCCAACCUCGACUGCGUCGUCGCCGUCGUCCGACUCGCGCAAGAAGCAGAAUCUCGCCCUGCAGCGCCACCGCAAGAAGCGCCAGGCCGAGCACGAAGAGCUCAGGCGUGCGGCCGUCGAGCUCGAGGCGACGUUGCAGCGACUGCAGCAGUCCAAGGCGCUCCAAGACAUCCUCAACCCGCCGAGCAAGUGGCACAAGCUGGCGGCAGAAGAGAUUCGCCUCGAGCAAAAAGCACGGCUCGAGAACAAGCAUCUCAAAGAGAUGAUCAAAGAGCACAUGGAGAUCGCGCAGACGUUUACGAACCUCAUCGAGAAGAAGCCCGAGCAGCCGACGGUCAUGGCGCGCUCGCUCACCGACAAGUGGAAGCAGCUCGUACUCGUGGCGGAUGCUGCGACGCGAAAGGCCGCGAUCCACAACAUUUGCGAUCGGCAGUUCGACCUUGUCGACAGCGCGUUCAUCGAAGCAGGUCUCAUUGACGCGACGACCGAGAUCCAGCGCCACUCGAGCAAGUUCCAUCUCGGCGUCUUUGAGCUGCACACGACCGUGUGCCGUGUCGCGCCCAUCACACUUACGUCGGUCGCCGAGGCCUCGUGGCAGGUCAUGCGCGGCGCAGUCUCGGUCAAGCACCUCGACCAAGAGGCGAAGCGCCUCGAAGACGUCGACGCCAACACGUCGUACGUCACGGGCUGGCGCAACCACCCGAUGGGCAAGUACCAGCGGCGCGUGCUCUGCAAGCGCUACUACAACAACAGCGGUGCAGACGCAACGCGCUGCGUCAUGGUCUGCCGGAGCCUCGAGCAGGACGAGCUGUAUCCGUACGACGCCGCGAGCGAAGCGACAAAUGAAGUCUCGUGGCUCGUGCUCGAGGCAGAGCCGUGCGGCGGCACGCGCGUCAAGUACUUUCAGCGCAUCCGGCCGUCGACGUGGAAGGUCGAGGGCCCCCCGAGCGACUACUGGGUUGACACUCUCUCCAAGCACUCCAAGAUGAUUGGCAAUGCGAUCCACGAUUUUAUCGACCAGUAUGGCCGCGCCCAGCUUCAAGCCGCCGUGUAGUGACUAAAUGUAAUUCGACCUUGUAUUAAUUGUUAUUGGCCUA